AUGAGUACAACAAUUAAACCACGAUAUAUGGAGAAGUAUAAUCGUCAAAAAUUGAUUGGUUCAGGUGCUUUUGGUCAAGCAUGGUUAGUUCAAGCUAAAAUCGAUGGAAAUCAAUUAGUUAUGAAAGAAAUAAAGAUUGCUAAAAUGACAAACAAAGAACGUGAUGACGCAAGAAAAGAAGUUGAAGUUCUAGAAAAAAUGAAGCAUCCAUAUAUUGUAUCUUAUACGGAAUCAUUUGAAGAUGCAACAAGUUUAUAUAUUAUAAUGGAUUAUUGUGAUGGUGGUGAUUUACAUUCUCGUAUACAAGCUCAACGUGGUAUUCUAUUUAAUGAAGAUUUAAUACUUGAUUGGUUUGUUCAGAUAACAUUAGCACUUAAACAUGUACAUGAUCGAAAAGUACUUCAUCGUGAUAUCAAAUCUCAAAAUGUAUUUUUAACAAGUGAUGGCUCAGCUAAAUUAGGUGAUUUUGGUAUUUCAAAAGUAUUAAAUAAUACAUGUGAAUUAGCACGUACACAAAUUGGUACACCUUAUUAUUUAUCACCAGAAAUAUGUCAACAAAAACCGUAUAAUAAUAAAUCUGAUGUAUGGAGUCUUGGUUGUGUUUUAUACGAAAUGACAACAUUAAAACAUGCAUUUGAUGCUGAUAAUAUGAAUGGUCUUAUUAUGAGAAUUGUUCGUGGAUCAUUCAAUCCUAUACCUGCAAGAUAUAGUGGUGAUUUACGAAUUUUAAUAGCAUCAAUGCUUAAACGUGAACCAAGAGAACGCCCAUCUGUAACUACAAUUUUACGUAAACCAUUUAUUAGCAAACGAAUUUUAAACCACCUACCAGAAGAAAAACUUAAAGAAGAAUUUAGCCAUACUGUAUUACAUGAUAAAAAACCAUCUAUUAAUCUUGUACAACCAAAUUCAAAUUCAUCACCAUCAUCUCGUCCACUUACAGUUCCAAAACCAAAUGGUAUAGUUCCACCACCACCACCACCGCCAAUUUCUGUACGUCGAAGUUCAGUUGCACCGAGAAUAUCCCCUCAAGAACCAGUCAAAGCAUCCAAAGGUCCAAUUAUUGCUAAACGUCCAAAUUCAGCUGUUCGUUCUGUAAAUCGAAUAUCAAAAGAAAAGAAAUCAAUUGAUGUUAAACCACAACCAAUUCUAUCAAUUGAUAAAGAAAAUGAAAUUGAAAAACGACGUAAUGCACUUGCUAAACAACGAGCAACACGUGAAAAUCAGAUUCAAAUCGAUGCGGAAAAUUUUGCAAAGAGACAGCAAGCAUCGAUUGAAAAACAAAGAAAAUCAGCUAUACAACGAGAUCGAGAACUUCGUCGAAUAGAAAUACCGAAGAAUUUCUCCGACCAGUCAGAUUCUAGCACUCUACGCGAGGCAUUACCAGUAUUCCUACCGCACAAAAUGAAUCAAAUAUCUAAUCCAUCAUUAGAUAAAAAGCCAGCUGUUGUAGUCCCGAGUUCUAAUGCAGAAAAAUGCAGUGAUGAUGUUCAAAAUCGUAAACAAUUCUUUGAGCAAAAAAUAGCUGAAAAUUUAAAGAAAAUGGAUCAAUGGAAUAAAAUCGAUCAAGUAGAAAAGCCAGUUGUCAAUCUUCAUAAUGAACCAAUUGAAAACAACAAUUCGCCACUAUUAAAAAAACGACUUCCACUCCGUUUAAAUAAAGUACGUGCUGGAAUAUUUAAUCAAAAUCUUCAACAAGUUCGUCAAACGAAUCUUAUUAAUAAACGAGACAUGCUUGGAGAACUUUUGAUGAAAGGAUUGGAACAAGAAAAACAAAAUCAAGUAGCUUUUAAAAAAAUUCAACCUGCUGAUAAUAAUCUGAAUAUUCUUCCGAUAAGUUCUGAACAAGAAAAAAGAAAAGCAGUUUUAAAAAAACUUAAUGAAAAAAUUGUUCGAGAAGGUUGGCAAGAGUAUGGUGCAUCACCUAACGCACAUUUAUUAUACCAACAACGACAGAUUAAUCCUUCAGUUGUUAAUCAUUAUACACCAACAAAUAAUUCGCCUAAUUCAAAUGUGCCUAAUCUAAUGAUAGUUGGUCAACCAAUGAAUAUUAUUAAUGGAAAUGGCUCUAAUCGACAACAACCGUCUGAUGCAUCGCGAGGAACAGUAAUUAGUGUAUUAGAACGUGCUCGUGCUCAGGAUCAUCUAAGAUCAGAUAUAAAAAAUUCAAUAGAAGAUAAUGAAACAUCAGAUAUUAGUUUAAUAAAUUUAGCAAAAAGACUUGAUCCAACUAAUAAAAAUGAUACUUAUGUUUUACCUAAUUUAAUCGAAUCAUCGAAUCCAACAUGUGAUAUAUCCAAUAAGCCUAUAAAAUCUGAUCUUGUUGUCGAAGAUUUAGAUGCAACAUUAAUUACUCAAGUCAAAGAAGAUGAUGAGAAAGAAAGUACAUUACUAUCUGAUGAUUUCGAUCUUCUAGAAGGUUUAACUACUGGUCAUUUUGAUGCAAAGAGUAAACUACUUCUACGAACAGUUUCGAAUCCUGAAUUACACAUGAUCGAUGAACGUAUAGAUACAACAAUUAAUGGAGCAUUUAAAAUUACUAGAAGUCUAUCUGAACUCGAAGAAACAAAUAUUAUCACUCAGCCAUCAGAAAAAACAAUUGUUAACAGUACAAAUUUCGAAAGUAAUAAUAAUAGUAAUUCAUCAUCAAAUGAUGAAACUGUAAAACUUGAUGAUGAACAAACAUUAUCAUCGACGAUACAAAAUUGUUCAAAUGAUGAUGAUGAAAGUAAGCUGAAACAAACAACAAAUGAAUUAUUUUUAAAAACAGAUGAAGAUGAUGUUGAUGAUGAUAAUGAUGAUGACGAUGUUUGGUGUAAUCAAGUAGAUGAAGAUAAUCUUGAACAUUGUGUCAAACUUAAUCAAGAAAGAAUAGAACAAUUACGUCAAAUUCUUGGUUAUGAAAUAUUUCAUAAUCUUCAUCAAGCAUUUCAAGAAGUAGAUAUUGGAAUAUUUCGACGUAUUAAAAAUAAAGGACUUGAUAAGUGUCGAUUACUUAUACCACCCAAUGGAAAAGGACAAGCGUUUGAAGAUUUUGCAAUUGAUUAUGACAAAGGUGUUGCUUAUAUGGCUGGUGAUGAACGUACAUGGUGGCAUACGUUAAGUAUAUCGCUUGCAAAUAAGCAUAAACUAGGAAAAGUGUAUCAAUUUAAUAUUGAAACUGAAAAAUUUCAAAAAUUAAAGUUAACUAAUUAUCCAUAUGAUCAUUUUCAUCCAUUGGGUGUUGGUUUAUUACAAAGAAAAAAUAAUCUAUUAUUUAUGACAAAUCAUCGAGUAGAUAAAGGAAAAGUUAUAGGAGCUGUUGAUAUCUUUGAAGUUAUUUCAACAAAAAAACAACAUCAAUUAAAAUGGAUUGAUUCAGUUGUUCAUCCACUGUUUACAGUACCGGAUGAUGUAUUACCAAUUAACGAAAAUGCAUUUUAUGUAACAAAUAUUUUUCAUUAUCGUGCUGAUAAAUCUAGUUUCUUGCAUAAAUUUGAAGUUUACACUCAACGUCCUUGGACAGAUUUAUUAUUAUGUACAAAGACGAACAAAUGGCAAUGCAAAAAAAUUUGUGAUUCAUUUGCCGGAGGUAAUGGCAUUGCAGCCUCAUCAGAUUUCAAUACUAUUUAUGUAGCUGAAACUCUUAUAAGAGCAAUUCGUGUGUAUCAACGUAAUACAAAAACUAAUUUAUUAACUCAUAUUAAAAAUUUAUAUGUUCCAUUUUUUUUGGAUAAUCUUAUUGUUAAUGAUCGCGAUCAACUUAUUGUUGCUGGUCAUCCAAAAGCUAUACAAUUUGCUUUACAUGAAAAAGAUCAUCGAAAAAAUCGUGCUCCAUCUGAAAUAGUAAUCUUUACUAAUCCAAAAUCAAGUUCAACAUAUGAAACUUUAUUACUUACAAAUGGUGAAAUUCUUUCAGCAUCAACUGUUGCUGGUACAUACAAACAAAAAUUCCUUGUUGGUGCUUUAUGUGAUCAAGGAAUUUUAGUAUGUCAAAAUCAAUUAAAACUCAAAAAAUAA